CUGCUUCUUAUUGGCUGAUUAGAACCCCAGGAAGCCACAGGGGCAGAGAGAUAGCAAGUUUAGUCUGUUGCCUGUGCGUAGAGAAUCACACAUAGCUUGCUGGUUGGAGGGAACAAAGAGAGGAGUUUUGGUUUGUUUUCUGGGUAGUUUUCUCUGUGGUUAGAUAUUACAGGAGAAAUGAAGAUGUGCAAAACUAUACUUCCUUGUAUUCUAUUACUGUCAGGUUUAAUAGUCAUGAUGGCAGCGGCAAACAACAUCACGGUGACGACCGUCCCAGACGUGGUGGGGAAGACGGUGGCUACUGUAACAGAGGCGACUGUCUCAGACAAGGUGGGAGAGACAGUGGGGCCUGUCACAAAGGCGACCAUUCCAGACACCCCAGGGGAGACGACGGCACACAUCAUGGAGGCAACCGUCCCAGACAAGAUGGGGAAGACAGUGGCGCCCGUCACAAAGGCGACUGUCUCAGACACUCCAGGGAAGAUGGUGGCACCUGUCACAGAGGCAACCAUCACGGAGGUGACGGGAGAGACGGUGGCACCCGUCACAGAGACGACCGUCCCAUACACGCCAGAGAAGAUGGUGACGCCUGUCAUGGAGGCAGCCAUCACGGAGGCGGCGGGAGAGACGGUGGCGACCGUCCCAGACAAGCUAGGGAAGACAGUGGCGCCCAUCACAAAGGCGACUGUCUCAGACACUCCAGGGAAGAUGGUGGCACCUGUCACAGAGGCAACCAUCAUGGAGGUGACGGGAGAGACGGUGGCACCCGUCACAGAGACGACCGUCCCAUACACGCCAGAGAAGAUGGUGACGCCUGUCAUGGAGGCAGCCAUCACGGAGGUGACGGGAGAGACGGUGGCACCCGUCACAGAGACGACUGUCCCAUACACGCCAGAGAAGAUGGUGACGCCUGUCAUGGAGGCAGCCAUCACGGAGGCGGCGGGAGAGACGGUGGCGACCGUCCCAGACAAGCUAGGGAAGACAGUGGCGCCCAUCACAAAGGCAACCGUCCCAGUUAUGACAACAAUGACCAUAGUGCUUGGACAUAAAAAAAUCUCAACUUCAGGGCUGCCAUUAGUAAAAAGCUUCUCAAGUUCUACAGUGAAAAUAAGUAGAGAAUUAACUUUCUUUUUCAAGUCUACUGCUAAACAACUAACUUUGGAGGAGAACACGUUAGUCAGAUCAAACUCUACCAACCUGACUUUUGGGCCAGAGAAAGAACAGCAAUCAACUGGACUAGCGUUAGGACUCGGCAUUUUCUUUGGGAUGCUUUUUAUUACUCUCAUCAUUAUUUGUGUAUGCUGUAUAAUGAAAAAGUCAAGAGUGGGGAGAAGAAAUGAAAGCACUCUCACUUAAUAGCCAUUCAAGAAGAUCUCACAGAAAGAACUAAUAUGGCUGAAUCAUCAGAGAAAUUAAAAUGGAUUGAAAUUCAAAGAGAUCCACUUAAUCACGGAAAAGGGCACUCUUAGUAGUGUAAACUUCUUUUUAAAUGACACAUUUUGGAGUGUUCCUGAAUCUAGUCAUAGUAAUAAGCAGGUAUUCAUUGGUGCUGGCUGCUACAAAUCUUUAUUCAUUGCUUGUUCCUUUUUGGUUGUGGAAAAAAGCUCGCCUUACUUUAAUAUAGUUAUCUAAGGGCCAGAUUCCACCAUUUAGGCACAAAUCUGCACCAGCACAUGAGGAACAGGGGGAGGCAUAAUCCCUCUCCCAGCUCUCCAGCAUGCAGAAGAAGCAUGCCAUGGCCCUUCCUCUUCCUGCCCCUCCCUGCUUCCUUUAGAGGAUUUGUGGCCCUUAGGUUGCACAGCAGGAAGGAGUCACGGAGGGGGGCAGUCUUUGUGCUUCCCUGAGUAUAGGGACUGGGGUCUUUCUGGGCCCUUAUGUGAAGUCCCUAAGGAGUGAGGGGAAAACUCCUUAUGCCUUCUGCUCCCACUGAUUCAUCCGUCCAAAAGCCUGUGACAAUCUAGCCCCUAAUUCUUUGUACAUAGCUUGUUUUAUAAUAAAUGACCUAAGUAAAAGUGAGUCUCAGCACAGUGUAUUUCUAUUAAAUGCAAAAAUGAUGCUGAUGCACUGCUAAGAUUGAAAUGUUAUGCUCACUAAAAUCAGAAAAUGUAGAGUUAAGGGACCAGAGCCUCAGCUGGUGCAAACUGACAUAGCUUCCUUGGCUUCAUUGGAGCCAUAUUGAUUGACACCAGCUGAAGAUCUGGCCUCAGGUUUCCAGAGACACUUUUGCACAGUAGGUUUUUUUUUUAUUCUCUAAUCAUAACACAAAAUGUUGUAUUUGUUCAUAGAGUGUUAUAAAAGAAUGUGUAGUUUUAACAUGGAAGCCUACAAUCCUGUAUACCAUGUUUACAGUUUUACAAACAUAAUGUAAGAAAACAAUGCAGCUCAUUUCCUUGGUAUGAAGUUAUUUGCUAAAUAGUGUUAUUUUAAUCAGAGUUGUAUGAUCCUAGAUGGAAAAACUCUUUUGUAAUAUAGGGGCCUGUCUGUUUCUCCUCUCACACCUGUAUAAAUCAAGAAUUUCUCCACCGGAGCUAAUGAAGAUACACCUGCGCAAAAACUAGUAUCAAUGCAUAAUCAGGCCCCUAAAUGUGCAAGCUUUAAAUUGGAAACUCUUUAGAGUAGGAAUUGUGGUUUUCUUUUAUCUCAUUCAGCCCCUGUGCUUAAAAAUAACAAUAAUAAAUAAAAAGGUGACAGUUAAGUUUGGGAAUCUGGCAUUUCCUGAAUUUCAUAGUACAGUCUAAGGGCCUUGUUCCACUACCCUACUCUGAGUGGGUAGCAUUUAUUUACUUACUGAUGUCAAUGGAACGACUCAUGUGAGUAAGUACUAUGCAAUGUGAGUGCAGAAUCCAGCACUUAGUAGUCUCAUACAUUAGUCUCAGUAUACUAUGUAAAGUUGUCAUAUUAAUAAAGUGGCAAGGUGAGGUAGCAUGAUCCAGUGGGUAUGGUACUAACCCAGCAUUUAGGAGAGCUGGAUUCAAUUCCCUGUUCUGCCACAGACUUCUUGUGUGGCCUAUAGUCAAGCUAAUUAGUCUCUCUAGGCCUCAGUUCCCCAUAUCUAAAACAGGAAGAAUAGCAAUUCCUUAUCUCACAAGGAUGUUGUGAGGAUAAAUACAUUAAAGAUUGAGGUGCUCAGGUAACAGGUGCUUUUGCAAGUCCCCUAUCCAGAAAAUCUAAUCAGAGGUUUUGGCCUGUUUCCAAAUCUGCUCAGGCAUGAUAUCUUCCUUCUUAAUAAUAAUAUGGACUUGAGUUAUAUCAGCCUUCAACCAGUAAUCAAUAUUCUAUGAGGAUGCAAGAUCUAAAGCAUAGAAGUUCCUUGCAUGAGAGGAAGAGAAGAUGAAACCUAGUUCAGUACCAUUGAGGGCAAAGGGAAUUUUACUACUGACUUCAGUGGAUCAGGAUAAGACUGAUAACACAGAUGGGUAAUUGAAAAUGUUGGCCACUUUUUUUCCUAUGUGUUUAACGAAUGAGAGCUAAAAUCUUCCUUUUCUGUAAACAUGAUCUGAGUUAAGAAUGAGCUCAUUACAAGAAUUGUGUUUCACUUCAGUCUUACUAAGAAUUGCAAUUAUAAUUAAAUUUUCAUUUCCACAAAAAGAAUAAUAAACUCCGAAUUUUGG